GGUUUCCUUUGUUUCAUGACCGAAAGAAGCUCACGGGACCUGACGGGAGAAAAAAUGGUAGUUACCGAGGACGAGCAUCGUGACAACGCGGAAGUAGAUGUCACAGAAAAUAUGGAUAACAAUCAGCCCAACGGUGAACUGGUUCCGAGAACUGAGCAAAAUAAUGAUGACGAGACAGACGCGAACAACGCGGAGAAUAACGAGCAGCGGCAGAACAAGGCACAACAGUCGCGUUUAGAGUCGUUCUUCGCCAUAACGAAAUCACUGAUCAUACGAGCCCUCAUAAUUUAUUUCAUUAGUAGCCUCUUCAGACGCUCCUCCGAUAAUAAUCCCAAGUCUCCCAACGCCGUCGGCGACGCGCGCCUACAAGCUGUAAAUAUAUUUUCGAAUGGAACGUUAUUUGACCUUAGUGUUUACCUGUCGGAGUCCGAGAACUUCAAAAGGUUUGACGAUCCGCGAACUUUGAUUUGGUUCGAAGAGGGUCUGAUUUACGGGGAUUGGUACGGCGGGCCGAGUCGCGACGGGUCCCGGGUGCUCGAGCACACGUUCGUCCCGUCCGAGCGGCUAAAGCGAAACGGCUCGAUCUACCUGCACGUGUACAUCACGAAGAGCGGGAAGUCGCCGAACCCGAGGGCCGGCAAGGACGUUUACGCCGGCGACUUUAUGUCCUACUCGCGAAAGAUGUUGAACAAGUUUAAGAAAAUCCGAUACCAGAAGCGGCACAACUUGCUGACCGGCGAGAGCACGGCCAGCAAGGAGGAGAUAGCGAAAGCCGAGUUAAUGGAUCAGGAAUACGUGUCGCACUGGCAUCCAAAUUUGACUGUUAAUUUAGUGUUUGAUGAAACCAAUUGGGUGUACGGCCAACUGCCGCAGCCGCUGGACGAAUAUAUACAUUUCUUACCUGGUGGAAAUUCUUACAAGCCGAUACUAUAUAUGAAUGAUUUUUGGAACAUGCAGCGGGACUAUCAACCGUUAAAUAAUACCAUAGAGCAAUUGGAGCUCAGGUUGACCUACCAGCCGCUCUCGUUGUUCAAGUGGCAGAUAUACGCGGCACAGUCCGUUAGAAAUAAAUGGACGUCGUCGUUCAUGGGAGAGGCGUCCGACGACGACGAUAACGAUCAAGAUACCCUGAAAGAGACCUUACUCGAAACGAAUCCAUAUCUGCUAGGAAUGACUAUAGUUGUGUCGAUUUUGCAUAGCGUGUUCGAAUUUUUAGCAUUUAAGAAUGACAUCCAGUUCUGGAACAACCGGAAAUCCUUGGAGGGUUUGUCGGUACGCUCCGUAUUCUUCAAUGUAUUCCAGUCCCUCGUCGUUCUACUUUACGUUCUGGACAACGAGACGAACACGGUCGUGCGCAUCAGCUGCGCGAUCGGCCUGUGCAUCGAGGUGUGGAAGAUCAACAAGGUCGUAGACAUUAACGUCAACCGGGAGGUGAGAGUGCUCGGGAUCUUUCCGAAGAUAUCAUUCCAAGACAAGGGAUCGUACGUGGAGUCCUCCACGAAGGAGUACGACAGGCUCGCCUUCAAGUACCUCUCGUGGGCGCUUUAUCCGCUGCUGGGCGGAUACGCGAUCUACUCCCUGAUGUACCUCGAGCACAAGGGCUGGUACUCCUGGGUCCUCAGUAUGCUCUACGGUUUCCUCCUGACCUUCGGAUUCAUCAUGAUGACGCCGCAGCUGUUUAUCAACUACAAACUGAAGAGCGUCGCGCAUCUUCCAUGGCGUAUGCUGUCGUACAAAUUCCUCAACACGUUCAUCGACGAUAUCUUUGCGUUUGUGAUAAAGAUGCCGACGUUGUACAGGAUCGGCUGCUUCCGCGACGACAUUGUUUUCUUCAUAUUUUUGUACCAAAGAUGGAUAUACAAGACCGACCACACCCGGGUGAACGAGUUCGGCUUCUCCGGCGAGAUGGAGGCGCAACUGGAGGACAGCAAGAAGCAGGUCGCGAUCAAGGACGAUCCCCCGGAGGCGAAGGACGAGUCGGCGAAGAAGAACGAAUAAUACUUGGUGUGCAUAGAUUUAGCAUCAAGUACGUUAUAUCAUCCUACGUUGUCCCCGAAUUAAUUAAAAAAAAAUAAUUAAAAAAAAAGAGAAAAUGUCCGAUACCAAAGGAAUAUAAUUACACACAUCGACACGUUUAUUUAUACAAAUUUCCGCAUAAUCAUGUGUGUGUGUGUACAUGUAUAUUCUAUUUCCGAAUUCCACGUGCUAGGCGAGCAUACUGCGGCGGGAGGUUGGCGAGGGAUAAGAGGCGAAUUUCUUUUAUCCGAAUUUAGAGUACGCCCGGAAAUGUGCGAGAAGAGAUCACAAAAAAAAAAUUGUAAAACGGUGCACACAAAAGCCGAGAGGUAGGCUCUUCGGUGGAUGUAUCUCGCGUAUUCUCCCUAAAAAAAAAAAAGCUAUAAAUGUAGGUAGUAUGCUCAGCAGUGUUAUCAUUCAUGUAAAUGUUCGACUGCAAAGAUAGACACUCGCCACGUGCCACGAGAGCACGGGGGAGGGACGUACGCCGUUCUAUCGAUUUUGAUGUUUAACCAAAAUGUCAAAAGAGAGAGAAAAAAAAGGGAAAGGAGCAUCAACGAUUUCAGACGAUGUUAGGCAUUCACAUUAUCGGGCCCCGAGAUGUUGGCUACGAGAAAUAAAAUUGAUUUAAUUAUCAUACAUCACACGUGUACCUUUUCUUCUGAGUGAUAAGCUUGGAUCCUCUUCAUUCGUAUCGCGACACUUCACGAGAUUACGCAGUGGGGGGGAGGGAGGGGGCGGGUAGAUAGUAGUUCUUUCCUUUCCGAAGCACUCGAAAUCUUGUAUUACGAGGGGCGGGAAGGGAAGAUCGUGCUCACUAAUGCCGUGACGUUGGUAUUACAAAUUACAUUUAAUGCUAUGUUUUAUAUAUAUUUUUUUGCGUUAUAGUAGUAUAAUCAUCUACCGUCGACUUACUGUCUAUAUUUUGAACAAUAUACAUUUAUUACAUAUCCAACUUGCCGUAAUGCGUAAGUUACUCGUUUUCCCGAAUGAGAUUUGUUUGUAGCGUAAUUUAUGAGCAUCACCGCACGCCAGGUAUGCGCGGUGCAAAAGGGUUUUUAAUCGCGGCUCUUCGAGCUCUAAAGUUAUUUUACAUGCGGUACGCGGCGAAGGUAUUCUGUGGAAAAUUGAGGGUACUCGAGCAGCGAGAGAUACGACGGCGUUUCACGUGUUAUCAGCGUGACGUCGAUGCUGUUUAGAUUGUAAAAAUGAUUUAUAUAAUAAAUAUAGGUAAUUCCUCC